AUUCACUGCUGUGUCCACUGUUGAUAUGGAAUUUGAAAGAAUUGACAUGAACCAAUGUCCAGAGAUGCAGGGUAACCCCCUGCCUAAUGCCUUCGCUAACACUGCUAGGUGUCGCCCAUCUACAACUUGUGAGCCUCUGAUGGGCUUUGGUUUCCGUCGCGGUGGUUACCAGUGUGUCUGUAACCCUGGUUACUACUACCCCUGGUGGCAUGACGGGCCCUUCAUGGGCCUGGAGCUAGAGCAGGCCACCAGAUCUGAGUGGGAAGUUGGAUUUGACUGCCUCACUGUAGCAGAUCGACAGGUAAUUCCCAAUGUGAUGCCAACAUUUGUGAGGAAAAGGAGGUCAGUAGCUUCCAGCAAGGAUCUCUUCCUACAGGAAGUCUUGCCCCAGAAUCAGAGCCCACGUCUGACCAGAGCCUUGAAGCGGACGCUCAUCCCCAGGAUCCAAGAACUCAGAGAAGAGUUCCAGCGCCAGAAGAGAGAAGCUGAUGCUGCCAACCCUAAAGUUACCAUCAAGAAGAGAUUCACCGCUAAGCAGAAGCCAUUCGUCAGCACCGCACACAGGCGCCAGAAACGCGAGGCCACAGACGAACAGGCUGUGAACCGCAUGAUGAAGAUCCUACAGAGGUACCAGCAGACAACUCCAGUGACUUGCAAGGACAUGAAGGCCUACGAGCUUCUGCUCCCCGGUGAUGCUGCGUAUGGUAUGAACACCCAGUUUGAAGCCCAGGGACGCACGGCUCUGCGUCUGGCCCAUUUCUUGUCAAACUUCUUGCAAAAUGUGGACGAGUACGAAGAAUUCGGUAAUUUGAGAGGCGAUCGCCGUUUGAACGAGUCCCAAAUUUUUGCCGAAGUUGUUGCCAACGUCAUGGCCGACUGGAAGAUAGUCGGCAGUGGCGUCUUCUUUGACCGCUACAAAUUCCGCAUGUCGCCACCUGUCAACAACACUGACCCACGUUUUGUCAACGGCAUCACAAGAGAGUUCUUUGGUCCCUACGCCUGGAAGGUCAAGGCUACAGGUGUUGGCAGUGUGGGAGGGGCUGACUUCUUCAGGGCCAUGGAUUUCGCUGGCUUUAAAACUUACUACACUAAUGAGCCUUGGUUCCGGAGCAUGAAGUCAAGAUGGGCGACAAACUUUGUCGCCUUGAAGAAGUUUACUGCCAAACCUAUGAUCAGGUCAAAUUAUGAAGGCACCAGUCUUGUUAGAUUUGAGUACUACCCAUACACCUACAAAGCAGCCCAGUAUGAAGACGGUGAAUGGCUGAGGCCCCAGUUUAAAUGUGAUGACAGAGUUAACACCUGGGUUGUCACUUACCUGGCACCAUUCUUUGGCAAAGAUGAUAUUAAAGAAAACAUCGAAUUUAAGGGUGUUGUAUCUGUGGAUGUUGCACUGAAUGAGCUCAGCUUGAACCAGUGUCCAGGAGAUUUCCACACACCCAAUGCCUUUAAAAACACAGCUCGUUGUGACUUUGAAUCUCAAUAUUGUGUUCCUGUCGAAGGCAGAAGGUAUCAAACUGGUUAUUACAAGUGUGAGUGUCGUCAAGGCUUUGAAUACACUUUCAAUGAUCUCAACUGGUACUUUGAUGGCCAGACGAUGGAACAGGAGUUCAGCAAGAUGAUUCGAGGCCAGCCAAACAGGUUUGAGACAUUAAAAUGCCGUAAAGCAGGAGCCGCUUCAAUCACAGCCAGCCUCACUUUAGUAAUCUUAAUAGCUUUGGUAAAUUUGUUGUGGACUAGACAGUGAUAUGGUAGUUUAGAGACAGAUGCAAAUGUGUUGAUUGAUCUGUGUGCUUGAGAUUUUUUUGUAUAUACAAAAACACAAUGAAAUUAUUAUUAUUUUUGUACUGGUUUUGACUUUUUCAUACUAAAACUUUAAAAACUCAUUUGAAAAUCAUAGCGAUGUUUUUGCAGCUCAGUUUUAAUUUUUAUAUAAGAUUAGAUCACACUGACCAUACCUGAAAUACUGCCCGUUUUUAAGUGCCACAACAAAAUUUCUAACACUUAUUUACCUCAACUUAUGAUUUUUAAAUCUGCUAAUAAUGCUAAAAAUAUUUUGUAUUCCUAAAAAUCUAGCUGAAAUUAGUUAAUUUUAUAUUGUCCUUUUAUUUCUUGCAUAUAUUAUCUAAGGUACAGAAAAGUCCAAGAAAAAAGACUUUUUGUUAAUGUAAAUAGUUGAUCAAUAUAUAUUUGUAAAUGCUUUGUUAAUGUAAAUAAAUGUUUAUUAACUUCAACAUAAUCAAUUUUAGCCCUGAACAUUGAACUUUAUGAUUUUAGAAAAAAAGUAUUUAAAAUAGUCCUGACAAGUUGAUUCACUCUUAAAGAUGGAAUGUGAGUAGGGGUUUUAGGGGCUAGAACUAAAAAAUCAAAUUUGAUGUGGAAAAUUAAGAUUCAGCAUGAAACACUCAUCCAUCAUUGUAAAUAGUUCUUUCAUCAACUGCAGCAUAUUGUGUUUGGUUGUUUAUAUCAAGACAAUGACAUAAUGUGUAUAAAAAGCUUAUUUUUAAAUCUUAUAGCCGUAUGCAAGAAGAAAAAUUACUUUGUCUUGUUUAUAUACUUUUACAAAAGACUUUGUAAUCUUUAUCUGAGUGUUAACAUUUUUUUUCAACAAAGUAAAUUUUAGUUUAUUUUUUAAUGCAUAUUAUAUAGUUCAUUCACAUUCCAAUAUUUCUACAAUUUAUUCUGUAUGGAAAGAUUAUGAAUUUAUUAAAAUUUUUAUAGAUU